AUGGGAGAUGAGAACGACGCUGUGGCCGACGAGGGCGACUGGUACGCCGCCCUCGUCGCCGGUGAGCACGUCGGUGACUGGCUCGACACCGUCAGGAACGCCAAGAUUCCACCCGGGCGCAGGACCCGAGCCGCACGGCAGCUCGCCGAGAAGGUGGCCGCCGACCGAACGUACGCCGACGAGGCGAGGGAGGGGGACGCCGCGGACGUGUGCGAAGCCGCCGCGCGCGACAUUCCCGAGGGUGACGAUGAUGAGCGUCUCGUGGCGAUGCGCGAGGCGUUCGAGUCGUGCGCCGCCGCGUGUCGCGCGGCGGCGCAGGACGGGGGCGCGCGCGAGCGCUCAUUCUCGUUCGAGGGUGGGCGCGAGGUGGUCGUCAGGGAGAUCGCCCUGGGCGUCGGCGUGGGCGCGAAGGUGUGGCGGGCGGCGAUCAUGCUCGGCGACGAGCUCGCCGCCAACCCGGGAUGGUGCGAGGGGAAGAGGUGCCUGGAGAUCGGCGCGGGCGUCGGCCUCUGCGGGCUGCUCGCGUCCAAGUUGGGCGCGGCGUCGGUGACGCUCACGGACUUUGAGCGCCCGCUGCUGGACUCCCUCGUGCUCGCCGUCGAUCGAAACCGCGAGCUCGACGCACGCGACGCGGUGGGCACGACGACGACGGCGCUCACCCUCGUGCGAAGGCUGGACUGGAUCGAGGAGUGCGAGCGUCCACACGCGACGGGAGGAGACGCGGAUGACCCGAAAAAGCCAACCGACUUCGCGUCGGGGGAAAACGGAUGGAAGGAGAUGGACCACAACUCGACGUUCGACUUCGUGUUCGGAUCGGACCUGCUGUACGAGGAGGUGCACGCGCUGACGCUCCCGGGGGUGAUCAAGAGGCGCGUGGCGUCGCCGAGCGGGAGAUGUCGAAUCGUCGGCGCGGUGAGAAACCGAGCCAUGCUGGACGCGCUCGUCGAGAACAUGCGCAAAGAGGGGCUCGCGGUGGUCGAGACGCACCUGCGAGAUAACGACACGAACGCGGCGGACUGGUACGAGGACGGGUACUGCGCCCUGGAGGUGACGCACGACGUGGAAUAG